GGAGGGUUAUAGUAGAUGAAUAGGAUGGGGUACAGCUAACCCAUCCUUUUCAACUGUUGUAUCUUUUAAAUGCCUACUAGAUUACAUCACAACAGAAAGAAGCGUGGACACGUUUCAGCCGGUCACGGUCGUGUCGGUAAGCACAGAAAGCAUCCUGGUGGUCGUGGUCUUGCUGGUGGUCAACAUCAUCAUCGUAUUAACAUGGAUAAGUACCAUCCUGGUUACUUCGGUAAGGUCGGUAUGCGUCAAUUCCACUUGAAGAACAACGUCAACUGGCGUCCUAUUGUCAAUCUUGACAAGAUCUGGACUCUUGCUGCCGAUGGUGUUCGUGAGCAAUACAAGAACACUGAAAAGGUUCCCAUUAUUGACACCCUCCAAAAGGGUUACGGUAAGGUUUUGGCCAAGGGUACUAUCUCUCAACCCGUCAUUGUCCGUGCUCGUUUCGUUUCUGCUCUUGCCGAAAAGAAGAUCAAGGCUGCUGGUGGUGUUGUCGAGCUCAUUGCUUAAAUAUUUCCAAUCUUUUUUGUGUUUAUUUAGAAUAUCAUAUCAAUAAAAGCACAUGAAAUUUGUACAUUUUUUUUUGUUUU